AAGCCUGUGCUUGGCAUCCAGCAAGGCUCUUGCAGACAAUGUCGGUGUGCGUCAACUACGUAGCAGCAGCAGCGGCAGUGGCAGCAGCGGGUGGAGGAAACUUGUCGAUGUCUGCGUGAAAGGCGGGGCGGCGGCGGCGGCGGUGGGCGCGCGAGACAGCCACCACACAGGCAGACGAGAGAGAGAGACAGACAGACAGAGCGAGCGAGACAAAAACGCGCGUCAACCAUGUCGGACCCAUACAACAGCCGCGAAAUCGUCAACGACUUCAUCCGAUACAAGCUGACGCAGCGCGGCUACGGCCAGAGCGGCCCAUCGCCGCCACCACCGUCGUCUUCUCCUCCUCCUCCUCCGUCGUCGUCAUCGUCGCAGUCCACGGCGCAGCUGCUCCGCGUCCUGCGAGCCGCGGGCGACGAGUUCGAGAGCCGCUAUCGCGCCUCGUUCUCCGACCUGUCGCAGCAGCUGCACGUGUCGCAGGGCUGCGCCGAGCAGCGCUUCGCCGAGGUGACCGCCGAGCUGUUCCGCGACGGGGUUAACUGGGGCCGCGUGGUCGCCUUCCUCGCCUUCGGCGCCGCGCUCUGCGCCGAGUGCGCCGGUAAGGAGAUGGGCUUCCUGGUGGACGGCAUCGCGCAGUGGAUGGCCAACUACUUGGACGAGGAGCUGCGCGAUUGGAUCCAGCAGAACGGCGGCUGGGACUCCUUUGUGUCGCUGUACGGCGCGCGCGGGGGCGGGCUGGCCCGGCGACGCCUUCACGGCGCCAACGACGACGAGCCGCUGGUGUGGCCCUCCCUGAAGACGGUCAUCACGGGCCUGGCGGCCGUCGGGGCCUGCCUCACCGUCGGGGCCCUCUUCAAUGUGCACAAGUGACGCGGGCCCGGCCUCGUGCCGUCCGCGCGGCCUUGAGCCGCCACCAUCGUCGCCGCCGGCUCCUCGAGCACCUCCACCAUCGACCGCCUCCAUCACUUCAAGGACCUCCACCACCACCUUCAACUCCUGCUCAAGCACCACCACCGGCCACCUCAACCAUCGCAAAUCACCUGCUCAACCACCCAAACCAACGUCUCAACCACCCAAAGGCACCUCCUCCUCAACCACCUCCUCCUACCGCAACUGUUUCCACUGCAACCCGCCACCUUAACAACCGGUCACCUCAACCACCACGGCCACCACCGCCGCCGUAUCCACAUCCUCAACAACAGCCACCGAUACCACCGGCCACGCUGACCGCUGCAACUCCCGCCACCGCUGCCGACGCCGCCGCUGCCCUCAAGGAACGGUAGCACCGACGUUUGGAGCCUGGCAGGCAGAACACCGAUGGUGCAUUUCGUUGGUUCGGCUCGGCAAUGGGCGGCCAACCUUUAGGGUUGGGGGUUUUCUUUUUUCUGAGGAAGGAAAGGUUAAGAAAGAGCGAGUGUGAAUUUGUGGGUAGGGUUAAGCGUUAAGCGAUCGGUCGUCACGGCUUUUUUUAACAUUAGACGUACGAGUUGGGGAUGAGGCUUGCCGAGACGUUAGGCUUUGGUGAUGGUGGGAGUUGGGGGGGGGGAGUGUUUAGAGCUAAGAUUAGAGGUUAGAGGUCAUUGCAGAAAUAAGUUAGCAGUUGAGGGAGCUGCGAUUCGUAAGCCAUUGGCACGGAGCUCACGUUUGUCACGGGCAUUACGGAUAAAGUUUUAAGUGCCGCGGCUCGUGGGUGCUAGGGCCCCCCCCGGUGUAAUUAACGCAAGGAAUGGGGGGGGGGGGGGGGUUAGGUGGGGGAGACGGAACGCUGCGUCGGGGCGAGGCGGUCGGGGGGGUUUGAUUGGCGAGCGUUCGCCGUCAAAACGUUGGGGAGGGGGGUGCUCAAUCAGCGACGGCACGACAGCGGUGAGAUGACGCGGCCGUGCGGGCGGCCGUGCGGGCGCCCGCGUGCGCCCGCGUGCAUUAUCAGUAUUCGGCGGCGAGCGCUCGGUCGGGGCCAUGUUUAUUUAUUUAUUUUGUUUUAAUUUUCUAAGAGAUGUUCAAAGUAAAACGGGGUGGGGGGGGGGGUGGCGGGGGCGAGGGGGAAAUUUAAAUCGGUUUUAAUUUUUUUUUUACGUGGCCACUCUUAUCACAUCUCUGCCGAGGUAAAAAAAAAAGAUUCCGGCGUGCUGCCUCGCCGCUCCCAGACCGGAGCCAUCAUCGCCGAUAUCACCGGCACGGUGGGGGUGAGUGAGGGGGUGUUGGUUUACGGUGAGCGAUUGCACCACAGAAAAGGGACAUCGAUAGGCCUGGGAUGUCAUUACCGGCAAGAGACGAAAUUAAGCUUCUACGAAAUUCUGGACUUGCCGCUUCGGUGCCCUUAAACAAUGAAUAGCAGCUUAAUCCCGAGCAGUUGAUGGGGUUUAUUUGGAAGCCGCUUUGACAAAAGGGAUCUGUUGGCAUUUUGGUCAACUGGCCUUCCAUAGGAAGUAUCGGGGACUUAAUGACGUAAUGGAGUUGUUGAACAAGCAAUAAUCGACAAACCAAAACUCGACGCAUUUGUCAACCAACGCUGUGGUGUAAAUUAUAAAUAAAAUCGGCAACGUUUCGGGCAAUGACCCUUCUUCAGAGCGCCGGUUCCAUUUGUUCUUCCGGCGCGUCAGUUGAAACGACAGUGCAGGUUUCUUAAAACCUUCCGUCUCUUGUCGACGAAGCGAUCUAAACGGCAACAACUCCAGUUAGCUGAUUAAGUAGCUGAUUAAGUAGCUCGCGCGCGGUGGGGUAAAGAGUGUGGGCAUUCCCAAGACAUCCAGCCAGCGUGGAAGAGUAGGCCAAAUGUCAUUUUAGAGCCCUCCACCUCCUCCACCUCUUCCAGUUAAGGUCAUUCUCUCCAGCGGCAGCGGCAUGAGCGCGGGGCAGCUGUCGAGACUCGAGGGGGCUAGCUGUGAACCGCUAGCGCUGUUGGUCACGGGCGGCAGGCGCUAAGUGGCGUUGAUGGGGCCACGUGACGCAAGGGGGCAGCAGCCACGCCGGUCUCUCCACAUUGCCCGGCAAUCGCGCAACUUUACUGUGGCGGCCCUCUCGAACUGCGGUCACACCGCACGUCCCAGUGGGUUGACCGAUGCAGUUCCACCUUGAUAACAAUAAUAAUAAUUAACGUCUCUCAACGGUGGGAGAAGGGGUCGCCUGGAGUGCGCGAUGAUUGCGAUACGAAAUAGUAGUUUUGAAAAUGUAAGUUUUUUUUGUUGUUUUAAAAGAUGACAAAUGUGUUAAUCGAUGCCAUUUGUAAUGAUCCACGCGCGCAGCGAGAGGGGAGAAAGCUGUCCACGUGCUGCCCAGUGACCCUCGCGGCCAUCGACGUGUGGCUCCCUCCGGUGUUUAAUGGCGCAAGCCCACCCGUGCAUUGUCGAGCGGCUAUUGAAGCUGGACGUUGGCGGGAGCUGACGGUGGUUUUUUUUUACCGUUGAGUUUUAGGACUUGACUCUUGUUGUGGUGGUUUUAAGCGUUUUGCUCUUUCUCAGCCAAGGGAUUUUAUUUUUUUUCCCACGAUGCACAAGCGUCAAAACCUGACGUCGCGAACUUUUCGCUAAAAGACCCCUCCCGUGUGCGGCCUUAACAGACGGGCACGUGCUGUUAGCGAGUAGCGCUCUAUGAAACGGACCAAUCCACGUCAAACACAAACGAUGUCGUAUCACCGUUAUGGGAUCCUGCCAGCGUCGAGUCCGUCGCGACAGCCGGAGACGAACGCCCGGGAGCUCUUUAAGGCCUCUCUGGAUUUUCAUAUUUGUCAUAAUAAUAACUUUGCCGCCGAAACCGGUGCUGGCGCUAACGCCGACGGGACGCGGUAGCAGCGCGCGCCGCUCGCCGCCCGUGCACCGCGCUCCCGAGACCUCCGUGAGAAGACGGGCCAUGCCUCUGCCGCUGGUUUCGAGCUCCGGACCGUCGACGGACACGUCCCCCGCUCGCGGCGCCGGGCGUGGCGUCGAACCACACGGCCUGGAAGCCACCCACCGAUCCACAGCGAGACGGCGGACCGAGCGGGCGGUCGCGCAAUCGUGCGUGCGUGCGUCGCCCGGUUAAUCCGCACGGAAGGCCGCAAUCGCGAGCUGGUCAUCGGGGUGACCACGCGGCACGCCGAGCACCCGCCAUAUUGCCGUCAUGUCCCAGCGGCGUCACCUUCCAGCAAACGGCAGCGGUUCACGGCGGCUCUCACCAUGGGCCCUCACGAUGGGCCCUCACGAUGGGCCCUCACGAUGGGCCCUCACGAUGGGCCCUCACGACGGCUCUCACGAUGGGCCCUCACGACGGCUCUCACGAUGGGCCCUCACGGUGGGCCUCACAGUGGCCCUCACGAUGGGCCCUCAUGGUGGCCCUCGACUCAUGCCGUUGUGUUUCCCAGAGACAUUAAAUCCACUGAACUGCACAAACUAAGCGUGCGCGCUCCGUCAAAAAGAACGGCUGCUCUGAGGAUUUUCCUCUCGGGUGAGAGAGAGGAGGGGUGGGGGGUGGGGGGCGGGCAGUGGGGUUUGGGGAAGGCGGGGCGUCCCGUAUUAUGUCGCGACGGUGGACGACGUUGCUGACGCCUCCUCCACCACCACCACCACCAAACCCUUGCCGGGGACUUUAACGGCGGCCAGUAACGAUGAACCAGCAGGGAGUGGGGGGGGCGUACUCGUGUGUGGAUUGUCAAAAGCGUCGGUGUGACUCUCAAAAUGAUUUCGCCAGUAUGUGUGGGCGCCACGUUCCCUCGCUCGUCCCCGCGAGGUGCACGGUGCCCCCCUUUUUUUUUGUUUUCUAAAUGGGCCGGAGUGGGCUGUGCGUUUUUUUUUUUAAGACGUGUAAAAAGUUUAAAAAAAAACAAAACAACAAAAAUAACUAAAAUCAAAAUCGCUCUCCUCGGUGCGCGCCCACGGGAUUUCACGUGGUGUGACGGGGGGUGUCGUGGGGGGGGGGGGGGAAAUAUAUAAUGGGGUCGAGAUCGUUUUGCAGCUUGCAUAACCAAUGCACGACGGAAGUUAUUCCGUGCGAGCGCAGCGCCCGUGACGCAAAGCAAGCGCCGUGCCACACCUCGCGGAGUCCCGACUGCGAGGACAACGCGGAGGGGGGGAAGGGGUGCGCAGGUCCAUGAAAAACUCCUCCUGGGCCCGGAGGAAGAGGGUUCACAAACGAGCGAAGCACUCUGAAAGCUCGCCGUCCCUCGUGUCAUACGAGACGAAAGAAGCCUUUAAAAAAAAAAAUGUGCACGCCAGGGGGCGCGCGAUGUUCGGCAACCGUGACCCCCCCACUUGGUUGUCAGACGGAACGGGGAAUCGUUCACGUUGAAUUGUCGUCGCAGAGAGGCAGCUAACGGAAGAAAUGAUCUAUAUUUAAUGCGGUCAAUGUGCAACAGUCUUCCCCCUUCCCUCCCCCCCCCUCUCUCUCUCUCUCCCGGAGCCAGUGGUGGAAAUUCCACAUUCCCAUGGCGGGGGUGGGGGGGGGGGGUUGGAGAGUUUCUGUAGAAGGCGGCCAACUGUCGCGACUUUCCCCGCAAAUGAGCACUGUAGUCGUUUGGGCGUGCGAUGGUGUGCAGAGUCUGCCCCUCGGCCGGGAUUUCAAUUUCGCGACGUUCACCGCUUGUUAGUCUAGUCUUCGCGAUGCCAUGCUGAAAUGCGAGGUGAUGCAUUAUUUAUUGUUGUACUGUCGUUUCGCCUCAAUUCCUGUUGGGAAUACUUUUUUGGCAAAAUGUAAUCGUUCAAAAAAAAAACAUGUUUACCAACGCAAACAACGACCUAUGAAAACAUUAGUGUACAAAAUGUUACUUUGUACAUAAAAAAAAAUGUUAUUUAACAUCGCGGCAGCUAUAAAACAUGUAACUCUAAACAAUGUCGUCUCUAUAUGCUAUGCAGUAUAACGUAUAUUUAUGGUGAACGGAGGGGAACGAACGACAAGUGUGAAGAAAAAAAAAUGAAUCCAAGCGAGAAGGGGGCAACAUUACUGCAUCGGAGUGACAUGGAUACGUUGCGCAUAGUGCGUUGUUUUGCUGGUAAAGUAAGGAGAGAUAUUAACCGCGAACGCGCGUGCCCUCACUCGGUGGGCAAAUCUUUAACUCGGCGUCAGGAAAAUAAAACCGCCCCCCCCCCCCCCGGCUCUCUUGAGCACCCACGCGGGUGGCGAUGGCGGAGGGGGAGCGGGGGUCUCGUGCGAACGGAGCGAACGGAGCGAGCGUAGGCGGGAGUCUGCGCUUGAAAAACCAAAGGCGCGCCGAUUCGCUCGCCACGACGCGCCUCCCGCUCGGCACGGUUGGCUACGUACGGCGCGAAAGAAGUUCUACGUGCGAACACCGCGAGUAGCACUGCGACAACGCGUCCUCCACCAACAUCUCGCCAAGAUUUUAAUAAUUCGUUGACAUUCUCUCCCGCCACCCCCCGCCCCUUGAGCCAGACUCGGGAUGUCUUCUUGCGAUAGCCGACGGAGCACAACGGUUUGGGAUUCCUGCUUCGGCGUGCCAAAUAGCCAGCGGGGCGUGAUGGGGGGGGGGGGGGGGCCGAAAACCACCCCACGGUUACCGUGAGGGCCCUGCAGCUCCGGCGUGCCUCGAAUGCGCCGGUAGAGACGAAGGGGAUCUUCGGGGAGUGGCUCGCCUCCUGGCGCCGGGGCUCAUUUUUUUUAAAGCUCUCUCUCCCUCUGGCUCUCCCUUUCUCGCUCUCCGUUGCGUCGUGCUCUCGUGGUUUAAACGAGCGUUUAUACUGUAACGGGUCUCCGGCCGGCUAAACCUAAAGUCCGGGAUAGAGCGCGCGCUUCUGAUUCUUUGCUCGCGUAACCGUGACAACAACGAUGACGAUGACAACAAGGAGGCUCGGGCUCGCACUCGCAGGCCAUUGAGAAAGCGUUUGGGCAGUCGGCGUGACCUGGCGUACUCGCGCUCAGCGGUGUUUUAAAAUUCGACGUCCAAGGCCGAGGCCGGCAAUUGGAAAUUCCACGUUCCCACAAGACCAGAUUCGCUCCUGACCUCCCGCCUAGAGUAGGCGGUGCGUUUACCGCUGCCGCCCUUGCUCAGUCUCGCUGCUGCGUCCCACGAAGUCGUGUGCUGCACUUAAUCGAUCUCCCCCGGCAUGAAAUGAUGGACCAAAAUUAACUCGCGACCUUGCAACUGCCGAGGGGUCAAGUGCCCGUGCUGUAUGCUUGCGCAACGUUUGCGGAUUCGCUGUAAACCGUGCCUGAUCCGUAACGAGCACAGGAGGCCCGAGUUCGUUGGCCGAAUUACACGCUCAAGAAUCAUCAGAAUCUUUGUUUUUUUUUUUCCCGGAGGAAUCCGAUGAGCUACGAAGCUCUUCUUUUUUUUUCCCUUCACGGGUGUCCAGUAGUGGGCGGGGCCCGCUGGCAGUUUCGCCAAAAUGCCGCCAAACGUUACGAUCGCGGCAGCUCUUUGGGACAUCCUCGGCCCGAAAAUAGGCGGGCGAGUGGCAACCAAAAAACGCCGCGUGCGGGAGGACGAGGAAAUGUUAAUUAUGUAAAAAUUUAAACGAUGUUACGGCUUUACUUGAAUGAGGCAUUGCUUGUCUCCCCUCCCCCCCCCCACUCUUUUGUCGUCGCACGCACGUGUAAGAUUCCAAAUAUUUAAGUUAUCUUUUUGUGUGGAGUUGUGUAAUAUUGUCUCGCUAUCGUAAUUGCUUUUGGGCUCAAAUUUGUGUUUUUGUACAGCGUGUGACGCUUCAGUGCUGGUAUUAUGCAUUCUGGUGGUGGGCGGGGGGGGGAGGUAUUGUA